GCACUGUCCACAGUCGACCAAGUAUACUCGCCCAGCUGUAUCUGCCGUGUAUCCAUCUCCUGCGGACUCCCGUAAGGUAGCCAUUCAUCUGACUUGCUAGUUCCAUUGACGAGAAGUUGGUGGACCUGGCAGUGGUAGUUUGUACGGCCACGUGCUCGGGGCGCGUUCUAAAUAUUAUCCUUUUUACGCGUCGAGUCAGCCACUCGCUACAUCCCCUCUUCCACUACUACAAUACUUUCAUUGCAUAACUUAAAAUGACAUCUCAUCUGUCAAGUGCCGACUCUUCGUACGCGAAAAGGCGAAAACAGCACCUCGCUCUCAUCAACCAAUUGCGAGCAAUAGGUGCCCAAGCUGACUUGGAUCUUCCGCGAAUUGCUGUCAUUGGAAACCAAAGUGCCGGCAAAUCCAGUCUAGUAGAGGCCAUCUCAGGGAUAAAUGUUCCUCGGGAUGCUGGAACAUGUACACGGUGUCCAAUGGAAUGUCGUCUCUCCCAUUCUUCCGACGAAUGGCGAUGCCAAGUGUCAAUCCGCUGGGAAUUCAACGAAGACGGAUCUCGCAAGGAUGAAGUCCACGAAGUCCCUUUCGGAGCAGUUAUCACUUCAAAAGCUGACGUGGAGCUGGCCCUCCGUCGUGCUCAAGCCGUUGUUCUCAACCCCCGCCGUGAUGCUGCCAAAUUCCUCCGUGCGACUGUUGAUGAGCUGAGAGCGAAAGGUUCUCAUCAGUUAAAGUUCUCACGAAAUACGGUUUGUGUCGACCUCCAGGGACCAGAGCUCACCGAACUCGCUUUCGUGGAUUUGCCUGGUAUCAUCCAGAACGCUGAAUCGGACACUGUCCAACUUGUGGAAGACCUGGUGUUAUCCCAUAUCCGCGGAAACUGUUUAAUUCUCGUGACACUGCCAAUGUCGGAUGAUAUCGAGAACCAAAAGGCUGCCUGGCUGGCCAAACAGGAGGACCCAACUGGUUCUCGCACCAUUGGUGUUUUGACCAAGCCGGAUACUCUGCCCCCCGGAGCCACAAAAUCGAGGGAUCUAUGGCUAGAUGUCAUUGGGGGUCGUCGGUAUCCCCUGCGUCACGGAUACUACUGCACUCGUCAGCCAGACGAUGAGGAACGCUCGAAUGGCAUUACCUCUCAACAAGCUCGGGACGCAGAACUAGACUUCUUUUCAAAGACCGUUCCGUGGUGUCGGUCUACACAACAACGUCGUUUUGGGACGAACAAUCUAAUCACGAGUGUCAGCAAACUCUUAAGUCAGAUCAUAGACGAGACACUCCCCAAACUUCAGUCUGAAGUUGACAGACAGCUGAAGAAAUGUAUGGACCGUCUGGCAGUGCUUCCCAAGCCAAUCACGACCGAACCAUCAUCGUACAUCCUAAGCCUCAUCACAGCCUUCUGCCAAGAUAUCAGGCUGAACGUUCAUGGUGAUCCAGGUUGUGCGGAACUAGUUCAGGCCAAUCGUCAGAUAUACACCACGUAUAAGCACGAUAUUCGUUCUUCAGCUCCGCAGUUCCUUCCUUUUGUCGACGCGUCAGAGAUGUCUUCUGGUGGAAUUGAAUGGCUCGAUAUCGAUGACGAAGAUCAACAAGGGGACGGAGGUGUAUGUACUCAAAGUUUGAACCUCAGCCCCGGAAAUUACGUCUUCCUAAGUGAUGUUAAGCAACAUAUCGACAAGUCCAUCACCCGAGAACUCCCGCAUAACGUGCCAUAUGCAGCAAAGGUCUCGCUCAUGAAGGCCUCUCAGAGCACAUGGGAGACAGACAGUCAAAGAUGUUUUGAUGGGGUCUACAGGUUACUGAAACAAACAAUGUUCCAACUCAUCGACAAAAAAUUCGGGCGUUAUGAGAAGCUCAAGACUCGUCUGAGGCACGUUGUGGCGGAUCUGGUGGAGACAAAACACGUCGAUACAUGGAAACAUAUCGAGACUAUUCUCAAAUGCGAAUCGACGCCUUAUACCCAAAAUAGCCAUUAUUUGCAAGUAACGAAGGAUAAAUAUCUCGCAAAGUUCAAGGACGCGAGGGCUGGACAUACCACUUUGAAUGAACCUCCUGCAAAACGUCGCCGAAGGGUCGCAGCUGAAGAUACACCUCUACCAGAAAAUCCCGCGAGGCAGGAUCAGCCCUCCGGCCCUGAAUCGAGCAGCUGCUUACCUCAACCUGAAGCCGAGGCCCGACGGCAAUCCACAAGUGGACACGCACCCACUCCUUCCAAAUCGUCCACUACACCUACCACAACGCCAUCAACGGUAUCGUCUAUGGCAGUUCCAAAACAGCCCUCUAAGGCUUCCGCUCCGGCGCCGAAGCCGGCUGUUUUCACUUUCGGACAAGAUGGAGGUGGUGGAAACUUUGGCUAUAAUCCCCAACAACCGACACCGACACCUCAGACGCCCACUCCAGCGAGCAAGAAACCUACUUCAGGGAACAAAAAAUCUACCCCAGUCUCCACGCCUGGUAUUAAUGCUGCCGCAGCUCGUCCUGCCGAUAUCCUGAACAAUUUCAGGAAACGUCCCUUGCUCGCAGAUGAAGAACGUGAUAGGCUUGAGAAGCAGGCGCUAUCGGCACUAGCAGCCCUUGGACACAAUAUAACGGUUUCUGAUUUGGGCAAAUUGAACCCUCCUGACUUGUACGAGAAGGAAAUGGACGUCAUGGCAGAAGUACGAGCUUACUUCCACGUCGCAUACAAGCGGGUUAUCGAUUCUGUACCUAUGGCUAUUGACCACACUUUUCUAUUCGCUUUCGCCGAGACAUUGCAAGAUUUCUUGAUUGAGAAACUUGGGCUUGGAACGGCCAAUGCAGCCGCUCUUUGCAAGGCGUAUCUCGCUGAGGAUCCAAACAUCGUUACAGAGAGGGCGGAGUUGACUAGCAAGAAGCAUAGGUUGGAUAACAUUCAGAAGGAGCUAUACAACUUCGAUUUGUCAUAGGAUGGUUGGCGACCGGAGAUGUAGUUGGCAAAUAUAGCCUUACAUUUACCCGUAUUGUAUAUAUCUUCCUUGUUCUGCUUACUUGUACUUCAGAGUUCAUAUUAAUUAUGUUUUUCUGGCCAACUCGUUUCAUUUCCUCCCUCACAUGACAAAAAAGGUUCAAUCAUUUG